AUGGGGCCCUGCCCACAACCUGUGGCUGCAGAGAUGGGAGCCCACUCUGAGGACUUAUCUGUGGCCAAGGGGAACCCUCAGCAGGAGGCAAAGAGUAAAGCAGUGCAUUCUUUAUCCUGCUCUCCAUCACCUGUCCUGUUCUCCAAGGUCCCAUGUGAGCAGUUCACACUCCCAGCAGUAGGAUCUGUGGAGGAGCAACAUGGGACUAAUACGAGGCUUGUAGGUAAAAGAAAGGAAGGGGGACGAGGUUGCAGAGGAAGAGGCAUUGCUGCUGCUGGAGGCAGAAGAGAAGCAGCUUUACAGGUUUCAGGCCAUGCUGCAACUAAAGUCUUGGAGAAGGUGAUGGUGCCAGUAGGGAGGUGUUGGGAAAAGGCUAUCUGUAGAAAGAGAGGACAAGGCUUGCAGCAGUUUUCCCCUAGAACUAGGCUGGAAGAGAAAUUGGCAACAGGGAUUGAGGGAAAACUAAGCAGUAACUCCUCAGCAAAAUUGGAACUGUUGGGGCCACAAGAGGGUUUAGGAAGCACAGGAAAAAAGAGCAGACAUUCCUUAAUGAAAUUGAAGCUACAAAUUCCAUACACCCAGGAAGAACUGGUGAGCCCAGAGAGGAGUGACAGAUGCACCUUGUCAGAACCAAUAGUGCUGGAGCAUGGGAAGGAUGCAGGGAGCCUGAUGGCACUGGAUGUGCAAAUCCCAGACUCUGAGAAGGAAGCAGUGAGCCUGAGUGAGAGGAGCCAAUGCACCUUCAUAGAACUGGGGCUUCAGGAGGAAGUGAGGAGACAGGGAAAAGGGAGCCAGUGCUCAUUUUCAGAACCAAGAGUGCGGAGGCCCAAGGAGGGAGAAGAGAGCCCAGUGAAAAGGGUCAAAUGUUUGUUGGCAGCGACAGAGUCUUGGGUAAAAGUAGGGAGCCUGGGGAAGAGAGGCAGGUGCCCCUUAUCUGUCCAGGGACCCCAGGAGAAAGUAGAGAGCCUAGGGAAGAGGGACAGAUGUUUUUUAACAGAGGCCAGGAUGUCAGGGCCUAUAGAUGAAAAAAGGAGUCUGGGAAAAAAGGGUGGGCAGUCUUUGGUGGAAGUGAAACUAAAGAGCCUAGGGAAGAGGGGCAGACACUCAUUGGCAGUGCUGCAGCCACAGAGACUAAGCCUUCGAGAAGAACCAGUAAUCCCAGGAAAGCGGUUCAGGUGUUCCUUGCAACUACAAAACUCAGGCACCCAGGAGGAAGUAGGAAGCCUGGGGAAGAGGAGGGCAAAGAAAAAAAUAAUAGAAGUUAAGGAAGACUCAGAUGCACAGGAUGGAAAGCAGCUAGAGACUGAUCUAAAUAUAUCAAAAGAUUGUAACAUAAAGAAACCACUAGCAGCUUACUCUGAAUCUCUCCAGGAAGCUAAGUCAGAUGGAACUCAGAGCAAGGCACCAGUAUGUCCGGGUUUAAAAAGGGGAUCUGCAGUGCAGGGUAACAGGAGAAGAAAUAGAAUCACCAAGAUCAGAUGUUUACAAAACUUGGAUGUAAAAGUAACAGAAAAUAAAGUGAUAAAGAGCAGACUGGUAAAGUCUAAGGAUGAAAAAUGCAGGGAAGUCCCAAAUUAUCAUAAUAACUUGCCAUCCACAGUAGAAAAGAAUCCAGUUGUAAGAUUAUAUGACUGUCGUUACCUUAAUACAUUUGUAAAGUCUUCAGUUGAUGCAACCAACUGCAGUUACAAAAUUGGUGGAUUCUUGCACGUAGCACAGGGUAAGAGAGAGACUUCUCGUCCUGACAGUGUUAUGGGACAGAGUGAUAUGAAUAGCAAGCUUAAUAUAAUGCAGAUGUCCACACAGAAAAGUAUAUCAUUUGACAAAGAAGGAAUAUGCCAAAAUAGAAAAAAUUGUCAAAAUGAGAACAGUAAGUGCUUGAGGGAAAGAAAGUGGAAUAUUGAUAGAAAGCCCAGGAAAAGGAUGAAACUUUUUGAAAAACCAUCAGUCCAGAAUGUUCUCCCAGUUAUGGACAACAAAUACUGUGAAUAUGAGUUACAUACGGAAGAUAAAACUGCCACAACAGACUCUUUAGCAGUUUUAGAGUUAAAUAGCAAUAACACUACUUCCUCAUCUUCAUUUGAUCAAAAAUCAGAUCCCCAUCUAGAACCAAAUACUCAAGAAGCACAAAAUGGUUGUACUGUCUCAGUUAAUAGAAAAAUGCACUUGAAACCCUGUGCAACAGAAGGUAGUUUUGAGAAGAGACUUGAGUUAUCUGAAAUUGCAAAAGGAGACAAGGGUGGUUUUGAUUCAGAAAGUAUAGAACAACAAGACCGCUCAAAUACCUUAAAUAGUCCAGAAGUGGUCACUUUGGUCAGUGACAUCAUUUCUGAUUACUACAAUGAUGCCAGUUGCCAAAAGAAAGAGAGGAUAAUGUCAAAUGAGAAAUUUAAAAGUAAUGUUGAGAAAUUACAGCUAUAUAGCUGUCAAAGAAUAGUACCAAUGUCUGGUAAAAAUGUUUGGCCUCGUGAAUCAUGUGCUAGAACUUCUGAAUGGUUUCAUAAAAAUCACGCGUCUGUCCUGGAAGGAAAAACUUCAACUUCGGGUUCUCAGGAAUGCUCAUACGAAAACAAUACCGAAGCUGUAAGAGAUAUGGUUUUAACUGAUAACUCCAGGCAAUUAGAUCUAAGUAUGUUAGAGGCAGAAAGUGUCAAAGAAUCUGUGUGUAAAAUAACAAUGGAUUCUAACAUUGAAUGUCUGACUUCUGUUAGAACACCAGAGUCAUCAUUGUUGGAUAUUUGUGGGACUUUGAGAGUCACCUGUAAUGAAAAUCUAGAUUCGUCAGUGGAUAGUAGUCCCACAGCUUCUAAGUCUGAAGCUGUCCAUGAAGCGCAGGUGAUCUUAAAUUUGGCAGUAAAACAAAAACAAGAUGAUAAAAACAAAGGAGCUUUAACAAAGAAAAAUCGGAUGAUGGCUCUCCAGGAUGGUAUAUCUGAAGAUGACAAUACAAGUAAAAUGAUUGUUAAUCAUAAGACGUCAAUGAUGAAAAAAACAGUUACAAUUCCAAACUUAAUGAAAAUGUUAAACCCGGGAAAUCUAUCAAAUUUCAAAAUUCCUUUACGCAAAAAUAAAACUGAAUCCAGGAACGUGGACUAUAUUAGAUCAUUAGAUAAAGAAACGUACAGUCCACUGGAAUGUCUUCACAAAUCUCCUGCUACUUCAGCAAGGCAGAACAGAGCCGAGGAGAAUUCCUCUGUGGUAGUCUCUGAGCAGCAACCUAUCUCUGAAGAGGUAGAUAUCUCUGUAAUCCCCUUAAAGGAAAAUGCUGACCAAAUGAUCAGUAAGGACUUUGGCAGUGGUCAUUCUGAAAGUCUUUCAAACAAAAUAAAUAUACUUUCUGAACAUGUUUCUACAUAUCAGUGUGCUUCUCUUGAGGGAGAAUUGGAGUCAUCUGCUCUUGAGGAUGUUACUGACUUUUCUGUUACUGCAUCUAUAGAGCAAAGUCGCACACUAGAUUAUUCCAGUAAAACAGUUGACUGUUCUGUUUCAUUAGAAAUGCAUGAUGAUGAUAAAAAGAAAUCAAAAAUGGAUCUUGCACAGAGUAAGAUUAAAAACUUUCCAGAUGUUCUUAAGGCUUAUGAAGAUGAUAUUCUUGUGAUUGAUGUAAUUCAGGAUGACCCUGACCUUUUUGGAACCACUGAUGAAGGGGAGCUUGCAUUGACAAUGAACUAUGUGACUGAAAAGCACUGUAAUAUCAGUGCUAUCUCGGAGGGAAAACAGAAUGUCAAGACAAAAUGCCUUAUCCUUCCAGAAACUAAGGAUUCAAGGGAUUACUUUAGAGAGAGUCCCAUUCAAGAAUCUGGAACACUGAAAUCUGUCACAGAUUCAUAUGAUGCACUGCUGAUGGCUAAUAAGAUUCAAAAACAUGAUUCCUCCAGUGGAAGCUGUCAUUUGGGAGGUGUAAUUGAGGAGUCUUUCGAGGAUGGGCAGCUGGUUGAAUCAGAUGAACUCUUAAAGGAUUCUCAUAUGGAUGAGAAGUACAGCUUUUCAGGCAAGUUGGCCGCUAUAAAAGAAGAAAAAGUAAAUAUUCAUGAAGCUGAAAAAAGCAAUGAUUCUAAAUAUAUAGAAUUUGUGAGCAGUGAACUUCAGUUAGGAUUGCAACUGCCAUCCCUCCAAAUAAAUGCCUUCCAGGAAGACACAGUUCUGAAACCCUGGAUCAAUGAUUUCAGAUACUCAGGAAAAAGCUCUCUUUUGCCAUUGCCAAAUUCUAACUGUUAUGAACCAUGGAAAAUGGACAAAAAUUUGGUGGUUUCCCAUCUGAUCCAGCAGAACCUGGGGAUGAUUGAGUUGCCCCGUAAAUAUUGCAGAUUUUAUUUCAGUACACUGCGUGGCUGUGAAAGAGUGGAAUGUUGGUUUUGGCAUGUUCCUGAACAAGGAGAUGAAAAGGUAAAGAGAAAUAAGUUGUUUAAAUACUUAAGAAUGUCAGAUACCUGCAAAUAGGAUUGACUGUUUCAUUUGUUGGUUGUUUUUUUUUCAGUCCAGAUAUUUAUGAAUUACUACAGAGAAGUUACUCCUGGUGUGCAUUUUGAUUCACAAGUGCUGAAUGAUCUUCUCAUUUCUUUGAUCAAGUGUUCUUUGUUGAAAGAAGUAUUUCAGUUGUUAAAUGUUGCUGUAAUGAUUAAAAUGCUGCCAGCUGUUGAUGUAUUCCUGAAGGUGUUUGAGCAUGUGGCUUCCAUGAAUAUAAGAGAUGCUGUGCCUUCAUUAAUAGAUAUCUUUUGUAAGCUUUUUGAUGCUGGAAUGGUUUUUGAGCUUGAACAUUUUAACUGUAUUAUUAAGUUUCUUCACCAACUGCAAGUUUCAAGUCAAGAAAUUAACGUUAUUUUGAACAUGAAAUCAAGAUUUCAGGCAAGACAGUUUAAAAAGAACUGGCUUUGUGACCUAAAUUUGGCAAUAGCUGAAAUUCAGCACUGUAAAGAAAAAAGUGACUGGGCCAAAUUGGGAACUUUGUAUGUUAAUAUGAGAAUAGGAUGUGAAAAUUUUGGUGACCUUCAGAAAUUGACUUUAUAUAUUGCUGACAUACUAACAAGAGACUCCAAGGAAGAGAGACCAGGAGUUCCUUUUUGUGAAUUUGCUGAAGCAGUUGUCAAAAAUCCACAACAUAAUGAAGCAGACAGAGAUUUCCUGGGAAGAUCUGGGAUCAGUGUAAUGUAUUCUUACCACACAAUACAGCAAUGGUCAAAGGGAAGAAAGGUUCUGGAUAAACUACAUGAACUGCAGAUUCAUUUCACAAGCUUGAAAGGACUUAUUGGUCCAGAAAGGUUAGCCUCAAGAUGCCAAAUUGUUAAUGCUGCUGCAGAAAUCUUCCUUAAAAGUGGAAGUCUGGAUGGAGCAACAUGGGUAUUGAGAGAGUCAGAAUGGAUAAUAAAUACACCAUUGUGGCCCUGCGAUAAAAUGGAUGUCCUCAAUCGACACAACCUGCUGUGUGCAAUUGCAUGUGAAUACUUGACCAAGAAUCUAUAUAGACAAGCAUUUGAAAUUUUGCAGAAUCUACCAGGUUUUCAAAAUUGCUGUGACACUCUAGAUGUCUCCCAGUACAGCCUUCUUUUUAACAAACUUCUAGAUGCCUGUAUUGAAAGCAAGGGCCUUGGUAUUUCUUCUUGUGUAACAGACUUUAUGCUGUCAAAGAACAUCCCCAUUGAUUUUACUUUAAUUAGAGGAUUAAUUACAGCAUUGGGAAGGAGCUGUUUGUGGCCUAAAGCCAGGAUCUAUUACAAAAGUGCUUUAUCAAUGGAUUGCUACCCACUGCUAGAGGGAAAUUUAUACCGCAAGCUUUUACUGAUUCCUUCUUACAUGUCUGAGAUUGAGAUGUUGUUGGCCAUUGAAAUAUUCCUAGUUUCAAAUGCUAGCAAUAUUCAGAGUCCGGGUGCCACCAAUCAGACACUUCAGGUAGUACUGAAAAGAUCUGAAGAACAAAAAGUGCGGAGUAAAGAUGACUAUCAAGCAGCAGUUGAGAGACUGAUUCAAGCUGCUCGUAUAUCUAAUCCAAAGCUUUUUCUUAAGCACAUGACAAUGAAUGUUAAUAUGGAACAGGUUUACAGUUUGGAACAUAAUUCUGCUCUAAAAUGGCUGAAAGAGAAUAUGAAAUGGGCUGGAAAGGUCUGGCUUUUCAGUAGUCGUUAG